UUUAUUUUGACUUUCAUUUUAAGCACUUCCGUUCUGUCGUUUUUGGUUUCAGACAGAAACGGAAUACGAAAGUGGUUUUCCGUUUCUGGUUUCAAACGGAAUACAAAAAAACACGUUAUUUCCGUAUUCCGUAUUUUGAAUGAAACGAAAAAACAAACUAACAAAACGUACACGGACCGGGAAGCCAUGGAGGAGGUGGACGACGAGUCAGUGGACGUCGUUGUCUGCACCUUGGUGCUCUGUUCUGUCGCCAACAUGCGGCGCGUGCUGCAGGAAGUCCGCCGCAUCCUCAAAACAGGUGGAGCCUCCUACUUUCUGGAGCAUGUCGUCUCAGAUCCCUCUUCCUGCACAUACUUCUUACAGCAUGUGUUUGAGCCUCUGUGGUACUACCUUGGAGAUGGAUGCAUGGUUACCAGAGCAACGUGGAAGGAUCUAGAGCAGGGGUGGGCAAACUUUUUGACCUGCGGGCCACAUUCGGUUCAAAAAUGUGACAGAGGGGCCGGGCCAGGAGCAUUUGGACACGCAAUGUAAUUUAUUAAACAUGGAGAUUGCGUCUGUUUUUUAUACAUUUCAAUUUAAGGUGCAAAGUUAAAGUAAUCAACGUUUACUGGAAAGAGAUCAAUGGAAUCACUUUCAACAUUCAAAACAAAUUAUUACCCAACGAAAUACUCAAGCUCAAUAAUUUCUAAUUGUUUUAAACCCCGCAAAAUAAUGGACGGAUUGUCCUGAGAGACUGUAUGAAAUAUCCUGCCUGCAGCAGAAACUAGAAAGGGGUCUUUAAAUUGAGGGCGAUGUGCGGCGUUAUCUGGUCAGCAUGUGUAAGAACCGUCACAAACAGACUGACAGCGCUUUACUCGAGAAAAUAUGGCCCUAAAGCUGACAAUUGAAGUUCGAUUUUUAAAAAUUAUUCAUAUCUCUUCUGAAAACACACCUUUACUCAUGUGGACGAACUGUUUUGGUGUUUGAAAUUGGUUUACCAAAGGUCAUAGGUUAACAAAAGCAGUGAAAUAUCUGAAUACAAUGCUAGAUACAUGUAAUUGCACCUGUCCAUCCUGGAGAGGGAUCCUCCUCUGUUGUUCCUGAUCCGAUGUGAGGUCAAAGGUCAGGGAUGUCUAUAUGCACAGAUUGUAAAGCACUCGGAGACAAAUUUGUAAUUUGUGAAAUUGGGCUCUACAAAUACACUGAAUUGAAUAAAUAAGGAAAACCAAA